AAAAAAAGAACCAAAAAAAAAAAAAAAAGUGACAAGAACUUUGAAGAGCUCAUGCGUGCGCCAGCUCGUUCCUUUUUCCUCUUUGGGCGUCUGAAGGUAAGAUGGGUCACCAGCAGCUCUACUGUAGUCACCCGAGGAAGUUCGGCCAGGGUUCUCGCUCUUGCUGCGUCUGCUCUAACCGCCAUGGUCUGAUCCGUAAAUACGGGCUGAACAUGUGCCAACAGUGCUUCCGUCAGUACGCGAAGGACAUAGGCUUCAUUAAGUUGGACUAA